AUGUUCAUCUUCCAGAUCAUGUCAACGGCGGUUCUCGCCGGCCUUGUAGCCGGCCAGACACUCAACAUUCCGAGCCGGAGCGGUUCCAUCAUAUCGCUACCGGCACCUAGUGUUAUAUCCGGGUCCAGGGAUUUCGGCAACAAGGAAUACGAUUGCGGAAGAUCAUGUAACACCGACGUUGAGACCCCCAGCGGACACCCCGUCUUCGUGCUUGAAAACGGCGCCGCCAUCAGCAACGUCAUUAUUGGUGCCGGCCAGGUUGAAGGGGUCCACUGCAGAGGGGCAUGCACACUGAAGAAUGUUUGGUUCCGCCAGGCAUGUGAAGAUGCUAUUGUGCUCAACGGUAAUGGUGAUAUCCUCGUCGAGGGAGGUGGUGUCCGUGGCGGUGCCGGCAACACGAUCUCGCACUUGGGCCGAGGAACAGCCACAGUCAAAGACUUCACUGCCGUCAACGUCAAUCGGCUUUACCGCUCAUGCGCCAACUGUGCAAACAAUGGUGGCCCGAGAAAUCUGGCUGUGACCAACUUGAAGGCCAACAAUGUUAAAUUACUCGCCGGCAUCAACUCGAACUUUGGAGACAUUGCCACAGUAUCUGGGUCCUGCGGGGCCGGCAUCACCAAGGUCUGCCAGGAGUAUAAGGCGGUCGAGAAGGGCCAGGAGAGUCCCAAGGUCACCACGACUGCAAACUGCAAUGGUCAAACGAGCCUUGAUGUAUGCUAG